CUUUAUCGACAUGGGUAUAUUUACUGAAGAUAUUCAGAAAACAUCAGUGACUCUCUAUAUAGAAAAACUAUCGAACUAUGAAGAAAUUGAAUGGUAUCAGUUUCAACAAUUGAUAGAAUCUAUGAAUAUGCAAGAAAAUGGUCCAAGAGAAGCCAUUGAAGCCAUUAGGAAACGACUUAAACACGGUACUCAAGAACAAAAACUGCGUAUUCUCGAGAUCUUAAAGUUACUUAUGGAAAAUAGUCCUCAACAAUUUCGCCAACAACUUGGUGUCAAUGACAAAAUGCGAGAACGAUUUGAAUUCAUGUUAUCUUCUCCAAUGGAAAGUAUGGUGGUCAAGAAACAACUGGUUAGUUUACUUGGUGCUUGGUCUAUGAAAUAUAAGGGCGAGCCUGGAAUGCGAAUGCUUGCCAAUAUGUAUCAAAUAGGAUUAACAAAACUAGGAUUGGGUCGUCAUUCUCGUUCAACUAGUACAUCACAAACUUCUUCCUCAUCACCACCACCACCACAAUCAUCACAACCGGAACAACAACAACAACAACAACGAUCUCCAAUCGGGUCACCUAAACGUCGAUCAAUGCCUCCACCUACUAAACCUAAUCGACCUGAAACUUCUAAUCAACGUAAAACCAAACCCCGUAGUCAAAGUAACGCUACCAGACAUGAAGGAUCAACCUCAGUAUUUGACUUUGCAGCUGCUAAACCUAAAAUCAUCCAAGAAAUUGCCCUUGCCAAUCAACAUGUUAAUCAAUUAGUUAAUGCUCUUAAACUUUUGGAUACUAGAGAAGAUCGAUGGGAAAUUGAUUUACAACAUGACAAGAGAUUACAAGAAUAUCGACAAGAAUGUGAAGACUCAAAGAAGAAAAUCGUUAAAUAUGCCAGGCUAGUAGAGGAUGAAGAAUGGAUCGGCACUCUAUUAUCUACCAAUGAAGAGUUACUCAAAGCUCUCGAUAUGUAUGAUAUUAUGUCUGUUGGUGAGAUCCCCGCCAAUUUGAUUUCGUCUCCUAACAACACGACUCCUGUAUCACAUCAAAUUGCCUAUCACAACGAUACCUCUACAAUUGAUCAAGAUCUGGCUGGCUUACAACUGGAUCAUCGUACUGAAUCUUCUGAACCAGUGGUGGAUGAAGAAGAUGAUCCUUUUGCUGACCCUUUUGCUGAUCCGGUUGACACUGGAUCAUCCUAUGGAAAACAACGACAACAUGAAUAUGUAUUAUAGUUAACCUAUACGUUGAAUGGUAACAACUUUGGUGGUGGAUGUUUACUCCUGAAUAUGAUUUACUCCAAAAGAUAGACAUGCCCUUUUUUUUAUAAUUUAUCCAUUUUAUUCUUAUUAUUAUUACUAUUA